AUGGCGGCCUCCGCAGCUGACAUGUUUUCGUUUUGCAUGGAUCCCGGCAAAGUUGCCUUGGGUGUGGAAGUGAGAUUUAUCGACAACGUCAAGGGGAAAGGUCUGUUUGCUAAAAGAAGAAUCAAGAAGGGAGAAGUCAUUUUUAUUGAGCGCCCACUUGUCUGUGCACAAUUCCUGUGGAAUGCCUUGUAUAAAUAUAAAGCAUGCGAGUACUGCUUACGGGCUCUAGAGACUGCGGAAGAAAAUGCCCGGCGACUCGCAGGCAAUCCAGCGCUCAGCCUUCCUUAUCCGGAACUCUGUCCUGUCCAAGCGCAACUCCACACAGUCUGCCCACAGUGCCAGGUGAUGUACUGCAGCGCUGAGUGUCGCCAAGCUGCUGCGGAUCAGUACCACCGAGCGCUGUGUCUCGGGCCGUCCCAUGAAGAUCCUGACCACCCUGUCAAUAAGCUCAAAGACGCCUGGAGGAGCAUGCACUAUCCUCCAGAGACUUCAAGUAUUAUGCUUAUGGGCAGAAUGGUCGCGACUGUUAAACAAGCCAAAGACAAAGCUCAUUGGCAGAAGCUCUUCUCGCACUUCUGUAGCCGCACGGCCAAUGAGGAAGAAGAACUAGCUCACAAGCUCCUGGGUGACAAGUUCAGGGGUCAGCUUGUGGUGCUACAGGAUCUUUUCAAAGAAGCGCUUUAUUAUGAUCAUUUGAGUCGGUGGUUCCUUCCUGAGGGCUUCCGUUCUCUCUUCGCUCUUGUUGGAACUAACGGACAAGGCAUAGGCACAAGCUCUCUCAGUCAGUGGGUUCACGCCUGCGACGCAGUGGAGCUUCCCUCCCAGCAGAGAGCGCAGUUGGACUCCUUUAUCGACCAGCUGUACAAAGAUAUUGAACGAGAAACGGGAGACUUUCUAAAUGUCGAAGGAUCAGGCCUCUUUGUGCUUCAAAGUUCAUGCAAUCAUAGCUGCGUGCCCAAUGCAGAGGCUUCCUUUCCUGACAACAACUUCCUGCUUCACCUCAGUGCCCUCAGCGACAUUGAGGCAGGCCAGGAGAUCUGCAUCAGUUACUUGGACUGUUGUCAACGGGACAGAAGUCGUCACAGCAGACACAAAAUUCUAAGAGAGAACUACAUGUUCAUCUGCUCGUGUAUCAAGUGCACCUCCCAGACCGACGAUCCAAACAUGACUUCAGAGGAGGAAGAGGAUGAUGAAGCAGAAGCAGAAGGUGAAACAGAGGGUGACGACAUGGAAGAUGAGAUGACUGAUGUGUGA